AUGUUGCAGGAGAGAAGGUCAGAGUCGGGGAUCGCCAAAUUCACCCAUCGCCUGUCCCUCAAAGAACGUGUGGCCAAAGCAGAGAAGACGUCCACGGACAGACCUCCGUCCUACAGGAGACGAUCUCUAAGUGUGGACUGGGCGGACUCUGCCAAGAUGACGCAGCCUAUGAGGGGCGACCAGGCCCACCAGCCGGCCACGACCCGCAAGUCGGCCAGCCUGUCCUCGCCAAGCGCGGCUCGCCGCCUGUACCGCAACUUGUCUGGAAAGUUCCGUGUGGGCACCAACCCCCCUGCCCCGGAGGACAGUGUGGUGUCAGGACGGGGAGGAGACAAGGAGAGGCCGCGCAAAACCACCAUAUUUCAGAGUAAUGAAGCCUUGUUUGAAGCAGUGGAGCACCAGGAGUUGGACCUGGUACAGCUGCUUUUGUCCCAGUACAGUCUGGAAGAGCUGGACCACAACACCCCAAACAGUGAGGGCCUCCUGCCCCUCGAUAUCGCUAUCAUGACCAACAACGUGCCAAUGGCCAAGCUGCUACUGCGAGCUGGUGCGAAGGAGAGCCCCCACUUUGUGAGUCUGGAGGGCCGAGCAGUGCAUUUGGCCACCUUGGUGCAGGAGGCCGAGCAGCGGGUCUCGGAGCUUCAGGCCCAGGUUGGAAGCGAGGGUCCUGGUGAGCGGGAGGGAUCCGACCAGGAGAGGCAGCUAAAGGCCUGGGAGUGGAGGCUCCGGCUCUUCAGACGCAUGCAGACAGGCUUCGAGCAUGCUAACCCUCCAGACGCCCCCAGUGCAGUUCGCCUGUCUGUCAGCAGCAGCACCAGUCUAAGGGUGGACUUCCAGGAACCUCUCUGUGUCAACUCUGCUGUGGUAACCAAGUACAAAGUGAGCUGGAGCAAUUCUCCAUCCUUAAGUCCUUUGCUGGGUGAGAUGGUGGUGGAGGACACCACUCUGCUACAGUGCAACAUCACUGGACUCACUUCUGGGACCUAUUACUACGUCCAGGUGUCAGCCUACAACAUGAAGGGGUGGGGGCCUCUACUAGUUUCCAUCCCUGCCUGCGCUGCACCUUCAAGUUGGAGGGAUAUCGAUGGCCGUGCUCCCCGUCAGAGAGGCCAGAAGGAGGCACUAGACCAGCUACUCGGGCAAAUAAAAGAAGCUCACCGCCACUGUGUCUGCCAUGAACAGUGUAAAGCUCCAACGCAAGGGAGGAAGCACUCGGUAUCCAAAAGCCUGCGCCACCUCUUCCAACCCACCAGCAAAUUUGUUAAAAGCUUGAAAAGAGGUCUCUAUCUGACAUCCAUACUCUACAGAGAUGACAAUGUGUUGGUGACUCCAGAGGACCAGAUUCCUAUCGUAGAGGUGGAAGAUUCCUACUCCAGCUCCCUUAUGCAGGACUUCCUCUGGUUUACCAAGGUCUCCUAUCUAUGGGAGGAGAUUCCCUGGCUGCAGCAGUGUCUGAGCCCUUCACAGUCAUCCUGUUCCUGCACUCUGCAGACACGACUCAAGAUGCUGCAGGCUGUCUCCCAACUACAGGGAAUGCUGGGAACCCAGGACCUUGGUCAGGUGUAUUUUGAGCCAAUCAAAGACAAGCAUGGUAACGCCCUGCUGGUGCUCCUCAAGGACAUGAAUGCCUGUCCAAACCUGGAUGGGGUUCGCUGGACGCAGCUUUGCAAACUGCAGCUCCAACGCAAGUCCAUCUCGUCCCCUGAAGAGCCCACGGCCUUGGACAUGCUGCUCAUCACACUCCACGAGAAGCUGGCGUAUCACAGGCGGAGCAGGAAGAUGUUGUCACCAGGCUUAUACCUGGGCUACCUGAAGCUGUGUACAUCAGUGGAGCAGAUCAGAGCGCUGGUGCCCCAGAAACUCCCCAACGUCCUCUGUCACACCAAGAUUCGAGACAACAGCAACGUGUCCAGAGAGGAGUGGCAGUGGCUGCAGGCUCUCAGCUCUCUGGAGGAGGCGUUGGAAAUGGACAACGAAGAACAGAGUGCUCCACAUCGCCUCCUACAGGACCUGCGCAGCGCCAUUAAAGACCUGUUGGCUCACAUCAAUGUCCUUGGCCAUCAGGUGCAGGACUUCCGUAUCUACAGCCAGGAAGUGGUGGAGUUUGGGGAGAAAGUUUCCUUCCUGCUUCUCCUGCCACCUUCAGAUGAAGUGUGCACAGCUCCUGGUCAGAAUAACCCGUAUUCCCCUCGCUCUGGCUUCCUCACCCUGCCCCUACAGAUCUUUGAACUGGUCCACUUUAAUGCCUAUAGCCCCAGUUUCAUUGGCCAGUACUGCAGAGUAUCGGCUUUGCUGGAACUGGAGUCCCUCAUGUCCCAGCAGGCCCUAAGGGAGGCCUUCUCUGAGGCCGAGCUCCUCGCUGCUAAGAAGAAACACCAGCAGGUCCAGGAUCACAUCCAGCAAAUGGAGGAGGUGUGGCGUGACGCGAGGUGGAUCAUGGACGCCCUGCAGUACGCCCGCUACAAGCAACCAACAGGAGGCAUCUCCAUAAACUGUAUAAUUGACUUCUCCAAGGAGGUGUUGCCCGACAAGCUUCCCUCCACGUCCUCUCAGCCGGACUUCAUGCCCUCGCCCAUGCCUUCACCCGAACCCUGCCACAAGCACUCAGAUUUUGCCGGACUAUCAGACGAGGAGGGCUCCUCUGAAGUCUUCCUCACCACCGACAGCGACUACGACUCCAGCCGAGCCCAGAGUCCCCGUGAGCUGGACCUGCUGCCCCCCUCGCCCCUCUCAUCUUCCGCGCCACUGGAGCCCCGCGGUUUCCUGCGUAGUGACGGGAGCGGCUCCGGCGGAGGGAUGUGUCUCGGCGGGGGCGGACGCGUGGCGGGGGCGCUAAGGGACUCCACGCCGGACGUCCUCCAGGCCUCGGAGCCACAGCGCGGGAGAGAAGGUGAGCGGUGUGGCGGAGGGGUUAGGUGCGGAGUGGAAAGGCGGAGGGGGGGCCCGGAGCUUUUUGACAGUGACUUCAUCCUGCCCAGCAGGCAGAUCGAGCUGCUGCACAUCACAGAGAAGAGACAGGCCUUCUGUGUGAGAACCAGCAGCCUGGAGUUCCCCUCCACCACAUCACCCCACCAGACUUACUCCUACCACACCACAUGCGCCUCGCCCUCCACCUCGCCACAGCAGAGGUGUCACAGGCCCUCGUCAGUGGACCGCUGCUGCUCGGCCGAGCGCUGCCUACCGCAGCUUCCACCAGCGCGAACUUUAUCGGAGGACAGCGGCACGCAGAGACUCUCCUCGCCAUCACCCGCCACCUUCAGGAAAAGCUGUCACGCCACACUCAGAGUGUACCCACAGUAUCGCACAGGCCUGCCUAAGGAGACCAGUGUGAAGCUCUGUGUAACUCCAGGAACGUCAGCGCGGGAGAUGGUCCAGCUAGUGGUGCAGGAGAUGAACAUGGUGUCGCGGCGCAUGCUGGGUAGCAGCGGAGGCGGUGAUGAACAGGAGCAGUGUGCGUACUACAGUCCUGAACAGUUGAAGCACUUUGGCCUCGUGCUAGUUGUGGACAACAGAGAAAAGUGGCUUCAGGAUGAUUUCUGUCCCCUGGAGCUCCAAAACCCCUGGCUCAGGGGCAAACUGUGCGUUCGCAUUAAGGAGUAUUCACCACUAGCGCUCAAACACAGCCGGGCCACCACAAGCUGUCGGCUGCAGCCGCCCGGCCCCAUGUUCCCAGGAUGUGGGCUCUGGACCCGACCCAGAGGCCAGGAAGGACGGGAGAAGUACAGAGGGGGGCUGGCGUCUCCGCUUGAGGACGCUAUCGGCCUGAUGAUUUGGCCCGUCAGCCUGUCACUCAACUGCUCUUGGCCACUGUACUGUCGGUGGUAUUCCCAGAUGCAUCAGAAAGUGGUGCCCACCAGUCUAGAGCAGAGUCCCAAAGGGAUCCUAGUGUGA